UGAAGUUUGUGUUCGGGCCGAUGAGGCCACUGAAGUUAUUCCUUGCUUUGAGGACGAUGGCGUCCUUUCCUUUGGGUGGCCGAUGAGGGUGUUUGCGCACUCCUUUUGGCCGUUGCUGGUUGGCCUUCGUGUUCUUGGCCGAAGGGAACGUCAUGAUUAAUUGUUGGCGGAGGACGAUGAGUGUCCUUGCCUCUAGUGGCUUGUUGGCCGUCGCUAAUGACGUUAUGGGCCUUUGGCCGAUGAAGCUUCGUUGUGAUGUAUGGAUGAUGUGGCCAUGCUUUGUGGUCACAUUCAUGUUCUUUGUAGUGUUUCCUUUUUGUUUUGCUGAGGCCGGUGUAGUCCCCCAGUCCCCCACUGCUUCAGGCCGAGGAGUGUGAGGGGUGAAGGAGUUGCUUGAGUCCCUGGCCGAAGCGGCCUCUCCGUAGUCCCCCUGAAUCCAACUCUCAUGGCGAUUUUCUGGCCAAGGUAACCCUGUGGGAGAACCCUUGUGCGCAGAUCGCUUGUAGAGAGUUAUCAUCAAAGAUCACGACGAGGAGCCGAUGGCUUGUGGGCUCUUGGGUCCUUUGAUCUUGUGGCCGUUACGUUCCUGGCCGUUGCCGUCUCCUUAUUGUUUGGCAGUUGUGAUCUUGGCGAGCAAGUGGGACGUUGUGGGCGCUUGCUGACAUUUGUAAAGCCAGUGAGCGUGUGUAGGCCGUAGAGUCCGUCCUGCUAGUGGGCUGUUGAUAUUGAGUUUGGCCCGUUGGUGACGUGGUGGCCCCCCAUUGGUGGCCGUUGGUGUGGCCAUUGGGGGGUGCCACGUGUAGUGACCGUUGGGUGGGAGGUUCUAUAAAUACCCCUCCCCCUCCGACGAGAAAAUGUAUUUGCAUUCUGAAUUUGUCGAAGUGCUGGCCGAUUUUCUAGAGAGAUAAACUCCCAAGCCUGUUCUUCGUGUUCUUCGUUGUUCAAGGUUAGUGUUCAUCGCGAUCUUCCUCACUUUUCAUACUUUGCUUCCUAGGUUGUUGAUCUAGUGUUAGGCGUUUGAACACCCUUAGAUCUUAAGUUAGUCUCCUUAGGCCCGUAGUAGUAGUUAUGAAGAGCUUGAACGAAGACUACUACCCCUACGACGACCAGCCCUCCACGAGGUCGCUUGACUACGAGGUGCUCGAGGAGUUUGAAGAGGAGAUAGAGCGUUUAAGUCCCUACAAAUCCGGAGAGCCGGUGGACGAGGAAGGCGAGGACGAGGAGUCCGCCUCCUCUUCAAAGGGUGAGGACGUAGGUGCGUCCCGAGUGGUGGACGGGGCAUCCACUUCUGCUGUCAUUCCGUGCCCGAGGCCGGUGUCUGCCGUGAAGGGAGCAGCUAAACCGAAGAGGGUGAGGAGGCCGAAGAAUGGGCCGGGCCUCUCCUAUCUGGACCUCACCAACAUAUUCCUGAUCAAGCCGGAGAGCAGUGCGGCUGACUAUCUUGUUGCCCAGAUGUAUGUGGGGCCGUUCGGGCGGGUUAGGGCACCCAGGCCGACGGACCAUGUUCUACUUCCGCCACCGGGAUACUUUGGAGUAUACCCGAUGAGUUUUGCUAAGGGGUUGAGGUUCCCCCUUCACCCUUUCAUCAUUGAGUAUCUGGACAUGGUGGGGCUUCCUCCGGCCUUGCUGACGCCGAACAGUUAUUCCUUGAUGGUGGGCUUUUUACUCCGGUGUGAGGAGCUGGGCUACAGGCCGACAACGGCCCUAUUCAUGAAUUUGUACAAGAUCGGCCGAGGAAGCCACAAGAACUGUGCGGCCUAUGCUACUCUUCAACAGCUGCCGAAGAAGAGGAGCUUCACGGAUUUGCCUACGUCCAUUCAUGGGUGGAAGAGCAAGUUCGUGUUUGUGUCCAUUGGUGAGAGUGGCACCGAGUUCCCCUCUCUCGGCCAUACCUGGAGGUUCAAUCUCCAUGACCCGCCGAAGAGCUCUAUCUUGGAUGCUCAGGUGGCGGCUUUCCUGGAAGGGGGGCCGAGGAGCGUGAAAGAUUACGUUACUGAAUAUAAAAUGACCGCCCUCGGCUUCUUCAGAUACCACCUGUAUGGCGAUAAGGAGGAUGACCUCCAACUCUGGCCGAGGAUGACCACCACAUUUGAAGAGGCCGACGGCCCGGAUUUGGGCAUUCCUGCUGAGGCCGAUGAUUUUGCCAUGGACCGUCGUUCCAUAAUGGCUAUUGCCAAGGCCAAAGCGGCCGAGGAGUUGGCUGCCAAGGCGGCCGAGGCGGCCAGACGUGCCGCGGCCGAUGGGAGCGGGGCUACUGCUGAUGCGGCCCCAAAACCUGCCCCAUCAAAGAAGAAGAGGCCGGCCACUGACGGCCAGAAAAAGUUGACUGAUGCCGGCCUGAGCGUCUCUAAGAAGACGAAGAGGGCACCUUCCCCUUCUCCGGCUACCGAGGCCGGUACUCUGGCUGUCUCCAGCGUGGACGAUAGUGGUCCUGUCGUGGACCUUACUGCUGCUGGCAAUGCUGCCCCAUCACUACCUCUCGUCCAGGAGCCACGGACGAAGAGGGCCGGCAAGGAGAUUGCCGGUGCCACCUACCAGAAGAUGGUAGAAUACCCCGUCGGCGGGGGUGUCUUCGAUGACGUCGUCCUUGGCCAUGACGUCCUGGCACAGGCCAUGCCGGCCAAAGAUCGGGCUUACUUGAGGAAGCUCGGGGACGUGAAUGUUUAUGAGGGCGGCAUGGACCUCCUCGUCCAAAGUGCCUUCAUGCUUAUGGAGAGCCACAAGAGGCAAUACCGAGAGAUAGCUCACUUGAAGGAGCUGGAGCAGAAGGCCGCCUCGGCCGACGAGGCGGUAGCUUGCCUGGACCGGCUCCGGGAGGAUGCCAGGGCGUUGCAGGCCAGGGCCGAUGAAGCCGCCGCAGCCAGGGACGAUGCCCUGGCCAAGCUCGAGGAGAGCAAAAGGGAGCUCGAGGAGUCCCAAAGGGCCCUGGAGGCCGAGCGGCGCAAGAGCGAGGAGGCCGUCAAGGCGAAGGCGGAGGCCGAGGUCGCCGUUGUGAGGGCUGCUGACGAGGCCGUCGAGAAAUUCCUGGCCGAGGGGUGGAAGGCCGAUGAGAGGCUCCCCUGGUGCUACGAGGUGGUGGCCGCCAGGCUUGAGAGUUGGGGGAUGAACUCCCCCGCCGGCCAGGAGUAUUUCAGCCGAGAGAUGUCCGUGUAUUAUAACCUUGGCCAGGAGCGGAUGCAAAGGCUCCUGUGUCGGCGGCUCUCUCGUGCUUUGAAAGCCAUGAACUAUACGUCUGGGUGGGCUAGACGGAACCUGAAGCUGCCGAAGCUGAUGAAGGAUCCAGAAGAGCAGGCAAAUCUUCCGUUGUUGGAGCGGGAGUCCCCAAUUGAAAGCUCCGGCCUUGGCGAGCCGGAUUACACCGAGUUUGAUUUUUUGGACGAUGCCACAAGUGCUGCAGCCACCGCCGGCCAGGAGGCUGAGGCCGAAGAGGGAGCAGACGAGACCGAAGAGCCAGCCGCAGAUGGAGGUGCUCCAGAGGCCUGAUCGGCUACUCCUUUGUAGUUAGUUUUCAUUUUUGCCCAAAUGAUGUAACGGCCGAAGAGCCCACCUUUGUACUGAAUUUAAUAUAUAUGAAAAUAUUUUGCUGUCCUGAUCGGCUUUGAAUUCCUUGCAUGCUUGUUUGCUAUUUUUUAUUUUAAUUCCGAAAUUUGUCUAAGUGUCAAGGUCAUAACUUGGGUGACCCGGGAGUGUCCGCUACGUCCGUGAGGUCGUCCACCCUGUCCGGUGGCCUGGUCGGCUUGUUUGUCGUUGCUUUACUACCAUAACACUUAGGAUUUUUUCAGAAAAUUUCCUAAGUGUUUUGGGUUCACUUGGAUGCCUUCUUCCCGGUCUGGUGGCUUGGUCGGCCUGACCGUGUUGAUGUAGUAUCAUAACACUUAGGAUCCUUUCGAAAAAUUUCCUAAGUGUUUUUGGGUUCUUACAGUUGCUUCCUUGUGGCCUGGUGGCCUUGUCGGC